AUGUCGGAUCACCCCGCGCCCCGCAGCUCCGUAGGAAGCCGCAGCUCCGCGCUGCCCCCUCACCACCAGCGCCUCCCGCCCGCGCCCGACCCGCUCGCCUCUGUCUGGAUCCGCCGCCUCCACCUCUCCCCCAACCCGCCGCCGCGGCCCCCGCCCCUGCACAUCCGCGCGCCGCCGCCUGCACAUCAGGACGCCAUCUCCACCGACGAGUCCCGCACGCCGCCGCCGCCGCCGCCGCUCCCGCCGCGCAGCACCGGGUUCGGCCCCUUCCGCUGGAGCCCGCGCCCGUCGCUGGGCGCGCCGGCCGGCGCGUGGGACGCCGCUGCCGCCGCCUCUUCUGUUGGGGCCGCUGCUGGUCGCAGUGCCGUCGGCGGCGGCCAAACGAUGCUGUCGCCGUUCUUCCGUCUCCCAGCGCCGCUGCCGCCUGUCGCGGAUUUCGAGGAGGUCAUGCCUUUGAGGCCGUUGAUCGGGCUCGGAAGCCACAGCGGCAGUGGUGGGUUUCCUGGGCUGUCGCGACAGAUGGUCGGCAGCGGCGACCCCCGCGACGCCCGGCUGUCGGCCAGAGCUGCAGGUGCUGCAUAUCCUAGCCAUGCUUUGGACAUGGUUCCCAUAAGAACACUUAAUGAUCUGCAUGAUAGACAGCAUGGUGCAAUACCAGUACAACCAAAUCUUGCAAGGCAUGAUCCUAGCUCUAGCAGCCAACAUGAUGAACCUUUCUCAUAUUGGAACAUGGGGAGGUUUCGGAGAAACACCACAACUUCAUCGAUCACACCUAUUGGUGUUGCUCCUGUCAAUUUCGGCACGAAGAGGAAUGCUGAUUCGAACAAUUUUCUCCCUCCGAAGCUCAGGAAACUAAGUGGGGCUAUUUAG